AUGGCUGCGGCGACAAUGGUGAGCUCGGCCGGUGGGCUGCUGGCGAUGUUGAACGAGACCCACCCGGCGCUUAAGCUACAUGCGCUCUCUAAUCUUAACGCAUUCGUUGACUACUUCUGGCCUGAGAUCUCCACCUCUGUUCCCAUCAUAGAAAGCUUAUAUGAAGAUGAAGAAUUUGACCAGAGACCACUAGCUGCAUUACUUGUUUCCAAGGUUUUCUAUUAUCUAGGGGAACUGAAUGACUCAUUAUCAUAUGCCCUUGGAGCUGGUCAUCUAUUUGAUGUUUCAGAGGAUUCAGACUAUGUUCAUACUCUUCUUGCUAAAGCAAUAGACGAGUAUGCCAGUCUCAACACUAAGGCAGCUGAGGCACACAAUGAAUCAGCAACAGUGGACCCUAGACUGGAGGCAAUUGUUGAGAGAAUGCUUGAUAAAUGUAUCGUGGAUGGAAAAUACCAACAAGCUAUAGGAAUGGCCAUAGAGUGCAGAAGACUAGAUAAACUUGAGGAAGCAAUUACAAGGAGUGACAAUGCUCAUGCAACUAUUAGUUAUUGUAUUGAUAUCUCUCACUCCUUUGUUAAUCGAAGGGAAUAUCGGCGUGAGGUGCUUCAGCUUCUUGUCAAAGUAUAUCAGCAACUGCCAUCUCCAGAUUACUUGAGCAUUUGUCAGCGGCUAAUGUUUUUGGAUGAGCCAGAUGGUGUUGCAAGCAUACUGGAGAAACUUCUGCGAUCAGAAAAUAAGGAGGAUGCUCUACUGGCGUUUCAGAUUGCCUUUGAUCUUGUGGAGAACGAACACCAAGCUUUCCUUCUUAGUGUGAGAAACGGGCUCCCAAGUCCCAAGUCACAACCUUCAGAACCCGUGCAUUCAGGGUCUCCCGAACCAGGUUCUGUGCAAAGUGGAAACACCACCACAACUGAGGAUGUGCAAAUGACAAAUGGGAGCCAAGUAGAUGGGAAUGCGCCAAGUCCUGACCCUCGUGAGGCAAUUUAUGCUGAAAGGAUAACAAAAAUAAGAGGAAUUUUGUCAGGAGAGAAUUCAAUACAGUUGACUCUGCAAUUCUUAUACAGUCAUAACAAGUCAGAUCUCCUCGUUCUCAAGACAAUAAAGCAAUCUGUUGAGAUGAGAAAUAGUGUCUGUCAUAGUGCAACUAUAUAUACUAAUGCAAUUAUGCAUGCUGGAACAACUGUGGAUACAUUUCUUCGGGAGAAUCUGGACUGGUUAAGCAGGGCCACAAAUUGGGCUAAAUUUAGUGCAACAGCAGGACUUGGUGUUAUUCAUAGAGGCCAUCUGAAGCAGGGGAGAUCGCUCAUGGCCCCUUACCUGCCACAGGGUGGGGCUGGCGGUGGCGGUAGUCCUUAUUCUGAAGGUGGAGCAUUAUAUGCUUUAGGUUUGAUUCAUGCUAACCAUGGGGAAGGCAUUAAACAAUUUCUUCGUGAUAGUCUACGAAGUACUAAUGUUGAGGUUAUACAGCAUGGUGCUUGCUUAGGUCUUGGUUUGGCCUCUUUGGGAACUGCAGAUAACGAUGUCUUCGAUGACAUUAAGAAUGUGCUUUACACUGACAGUGCUGUAGCUGGUGAAGCUGCUGGUAUUAGUAUGGGUUUAUUGAUGGUUGGAACGGCCAGUGAGAAGGCUGGUGAAAUGCUUGCUUAUGCACACGAGACUCAGCAUGAGAAGAUUAUCAGGGGUUUGGCAUUGGGGAUAGCUCUUACGGUCUAUGGAAGAGAGGAAGAAGCUGAUACACUUAUUGAGCAAAUGACUCGGGAUCAAGACCCUAUACUACGUUAUGGUGGCAUGUAUGCUUUGGCAUUGGCAUACCAGGGCACAGGUAACAAUAAAGCCAUCCGUCAACUUCUGCAUUUUGCUGUAUCAGAUGUGAGUGACGAUGUAAGGCGGACAGCUGUUCUGGCUCUUGGGUUUGUCUUGUAUGCUGAUCCAGAACAGACUCCUCGAAUUGUUUCCCUGUUAUCCGAGUCCUACAACCCACAUGUUCGAUAUGGUGCAGCACUGGCCGUUGGAAUUUCAUGCGCUGGUACUGGUCUGAGUGAGGCCAUAUCAUUGCUGGAGCCUUUAACAUCAGAUGUUGUUGACUUUGUUCGUCAAGGUGCUUUGAUUGCAAUGGCCAUGGUUAUGAUCCAGAUCAGUGAAGCCAGUGAUUCUCGUGUUGGUGCAUUCAGGCGCCAACUGGAAAAAAUUAUUCUUGACAAGCAUGAAGACACUAUGAGCAAGAUGGGUGCAAUUUUAGCUUCUGGAAUCCUGGACGCUGGUGGAAGGAAUGUGACUAUCAAAUUACUUUCAAAGACAAAGCACGAUAAAAUUACUGCAGUUGUUGGUCUUGCUGUGUUCAGUCAAUUUUGGUACUGGUACCCACUUAUAUAUUUCAUUAGCUUGUCAUUUUCGCCGACUGCUUUCAUUGGUUUGAACUAUGACCUGAAAGUGCCAAGCUUCGAGUUCCUGUCACAUGCAAAGCCCUCAUUGUUCGAAUAUCCUAAGCCAACUACUGUACCCACCGCCACUUCGACUGCUAAACUUCCUACCGCAGUUUUAUCAACAUCUGCAAGAGCUAAGGCCAGGGCUAGUAAGAAAGAGCUAGAGAAAGCCAAUGCCCCAAAGACAUCUGGAGCAGAACCGAGUCCUGCUGUCACAAGUCCGGGAAAGGGGAAAUCAAGCGACAAGGAUGGGGACUCCAUGCAGGUUGAUAUCCCCGCAGAGAAGAAGGCAGAACCAGAGCCAUCUUUUGAAAUCUUGACCAAUCCAGCCAGAGUGGUUCCUGCUCAAGAAAAAUACAUCAAAUUCCUUGAAGAGAGCAGAUAUGUGCCGGUGAAGUCAGCACAGUCAGGAUUUGUGCUGUUGAAAGAUCUUCGUCCUAAUGAACCUGAAGUAUUGUCGCUCACUGAUGCACCCUCAUCAGCAGCAUCAAAUCCCGGUGGAUCAGCUACUGGGCAACAGAGUUCUGCCGCUGCAAUGGCUGUUGAUGAGGAGCCCGCGCCACCACAGCCAUUCGAAUUCACGCCAUGA